AUGCCCUCAUACGCUAAAUUUCUCAAAGAAAUUUUAUCAAACAAGAAAAAGAUAAAAGACAAUGAAACCGUUACACUUACCGCUGAAUGUAGUGCGAUAAUUCAGAACAAGAUGCCUCCUAAGCUGAAAGACCCAGGGAGUUUCUCCAUACCCUGCAAUAUAGGAAAGUUUGUCAUAGACAAAGCUCUGUGCGACUUAGGAGCCAACAUUAGCCUAAUGCCUUUAUCUAUUUGCGAAAAGCUUAAUAUGGGAGAGUUAAGACCAACCAAGAUGUCAGUACAACUUGCGGACCGAUCCGUCAAGUAUCCUAUAGGCGUCCUUGAAAAUGUUCUCGUUCGCAUAGGACAAUUUUACAUCCCUACGGAUUUCAUAAUUAUGGACAUAAAAGAAGAUGUCAAUACCCCUAUAAUCUUAGGAAAACCGUUUCUGGCCACCGCUGGAGCCACUAUAGACGUAAAGAAAGGCAAGCUGACAUUCGAAGUAGGCGAAGAGAAAGUCGAGUUUAUUCUGACACAAUUCCUUUAA